UUGAAAAAGUGAAAUGACGAAAACAGAAAAAUUAGUGUUUUAUUAAAAUAAAAAAUUUAGUGUUACACAAAAGUUCGUUAAGUAUAAAGGAUAUGCGUUCAUAGCAAAAGUUGUUGAAUUCAUUUUAACGGUAAAGAUAAUUUAAAAAGUGUUCCAAACGUUCCAAAAUCAGUUCUUUUUAAUAGGAUUAUAUUGAAACAAAUUAAAUUAAAUAUGAAUACUAUUUAAAGCAUAUUGAGUUGCAUUUGUGAAAGAAGAAAUACAUCAUUAUUUGAAAUUGUCGUGAUUUGUUUUAUCAUCGAAAAAUUUGUGAAUAUUUUGCAAAAAAAAAAAAUUUAAAGUGCAUUAAAUAAUGUUCAAGUGCAUGUGAAGAAAAUUACAUAGAAAAACGCAAACUUUUCACCGAAAAACGCUUGCGGAUUGGGCGUGGUCGUGCGGAAAGUGUGUUGGCGCUGAAUUAUUGGAUUUUGCUUAAAACUUUUAUAUUAACUAAAAAAUGGGGUUACAAAAACACUACCUCAGAUAUGGACGCAGUGCGAGAGAUCACAUAUUGGGUCUCGCGGGCGGAGGGCGACGCAACACGAUUGUGAAAACCCACACCAGCGAUAAUGUUCAUCACAACAACGGUUACAAUAGCCACAGUAGCGGUAGCCAUGGUACACAUCGGCGAUCUCAUGGCGGAGCGGGCGGUGGCGGUGUCGGUGGCGAACAUGGUGGCGGUAUGCCAAACUUAACGAAUCGCCCGACUCCGCUGUCGAUGUUAAUAUCACAAGGAGUUAAAAUCAAUAACCAUAGACUAGCUGUGAUAAUUAUUGGUAUAGUUAUAUUAAUUUUAGGAAUUAUUCUCUCAACAAUACCAUGGCUGGAUUAUUUUAUAUUAAAGAAUCUACAGUUAUGGAAUGAUACGUUAAGCUUUCAUUAUUGGCAACGACCAGGUGUCGUACGGUUAACUAAAGUUUAUAUUUAUAAUGUCACAAAUCCAGAUGGUUUCCUGAAUGGGGAAAAGCCACGAUUAACGGAAGUGGGGCCAUUCGUUUAUAGAGAGGACAUGCAAAAAGUGAAUAUUCAUUUUUACGACAAUCAAACCGUGUCAUAUCAACACAAGAAAAUUCUACAAUUCGUGCCCGAACUGAGUAUAGACAAGAAUACUCCGAUAGUCACGCCAAAUAUACCACUAUUGACAUUAACUAGUCUCAGCCCAAAAUUAGGUUAUCUACUAUCAAAGACAAUAUCCGUAGUAUUGACUGCGGCCAAAUUUAAGCCAUUCAUCAAUGUGACUGCCGAUCAGUUGGUGUUCGGUUACGAUGAUGCGUUGGUGAGUUUAGCGCAUCGAUUUUAUCCAAAACAUUUGCGUCCAAUGGAGCGUAUGGGACUGCUACUUGGGCGCAAUGGUACACUUACCGAAGUCUCAACAAUCAAGACGGGUCAACAAGGUAUGGAAGAAUUCGGUUAUAUAGAUCGUUUGAAUGGGCUCGAUCACCUGCCGCAUUGGCACAAGCCGCCUUGUAAUCGUAUUGCUGCCUCGGAGGGUUCUUUCUUUCCACCGCGCGAAAUAACUAAAUCGAAUAUGGUUUAUUUGUAUGAUAAAGAUUUGUGUCGGGUUAUACCAUUGCAAUACCAGAAAGGUGUUGAGAAGGAUGGUAUUGGCGCCGAUUUAUAUAUCUUGCCUGAAAACACUUACGGCGACUCAUCGAGCAAUCCCGACAAUGCAUGUUACGAUCCAAGUGAUUAUGAGCCAUUACAGGGUCUACAAAAUAUAAGUCCCUGUCAAUAUGGCGCACCCGUUUAUAUAUCAAAUCCACAUUUCUAUCAAGCCAACGAGUCGUUAUUGAAUUCGGUCGAAGGCCUCAGUCCCAAUAAAAGCGAACAUGAAACAUAUUUCAAAAUUCAAUCGAAAUUGGGAGUACCGCUAGAGGGUAAAGUACGCAUACAACUUAACUUGAAAGUGACGCGCGCGAAAGAUGUUUAUCCGGUUAAGGAUUUCAGGGAUUUCGUUUUUCCAGUUAUGUGGUUAGAAGAAGGCAUCUCCGAGUUAACGCCCGCAAUUCGACGUUGGAUCUACUUGGCCACAGUAUUUGCGCCAAUUAUCAUACCGAUCUCUUCGUAUCUGUUGAUCUUUGGCGGCAUUUCAGCCAUUGCCUUCAUCUUCGUGCGGGCCUAUCAAAAUUUCGUCUUCGCACGCGAUCCCACGCUGGAAAUCUUAGAGAUGGGCCGUCGAUCGCUGAGGCGUGGCAGCAGCUUCAUUGCGCAACAUCAACAUAAAUUUAUGCAUCGUGAAAGCUAUACACUGCUCAAGACAAUGCCAGGAGAUUUAUUAGACGAUAGCGAAGACGCGAUACCAAUAAUGACAAAUAGUUCAUAGUAUUCGUAAGAGAAAAAAAAAUAAAAACAAAAAUAACGAAGUGAGUUAAAUCCAAUAGAUUGAACGAUCGUGCGGAGGAUCGACAUUCUAUUGAGUCUCAUAAGUGAUUGUGAAUAUCGAAUUUAGUUUUUAAUUAGUUUAAAUAGAUUUACGAAUUAAAUUUAAUUGUGUGCAUGAUGAUUGUAUGUAUAAUGAAAUGGCGUAAAAUCAAAGACAACUACAAAGUGUUCUAUGAAUGUAUGCUUCAAAUAUUCAUUUAGGCGUAUGUACAAAACAAAAUGUCAUUAUUGAUUGUAUACUUGUAUAUAUGAACAUACACGUAUGUACGUGCAGUGAUCAAUGUGUUUGUGAGCGCUUGUCUGCCUGUGGCCUUUAGUGCGUUUUAGCUCUAUUUAAAUAAUAAAAAAUUAUAUUUAAAUUUGGUAGUGUAUGUAUUGUAAUAUAUUAUAAAAACGUAUGUGUAGUGUGGUGUUUAGCUUUCUUCUUCUUCUUCUACCUAGACUUAUAAUCUUCCUAUAUAUAUAAAUAAAUAUAUGUACGUGAGAACUUCCAGGGUUAGUGGCAAAUUGAAUUUAAUUGUAAGCAUACAUUUAGAGAAACAAAACGCACUGAAAAUAAAAAGCAAAACAAAUUUGAAGGUUUGAAGAUUUA